AUGGAUGAUCAUCGGAGUCGUUCGAGUUCAAGAGAACGAAGUAGUAGAAGAAAACAUCGGAAGCAUAAACACAGAUCAAGACGAUCUCGAACUAGGAGUCGAAGCAGAUCUUUCGAAAGAUAUGGGCAGCCAGGGGGCUCAGGAAUUCAUAUUAAUCCAGCAUUUGGUAUGCCACCACCCCACUCGGCACCUCCUCCACAAUCACAAAUGGGGUAUUCAGCAACACAACUUCUUCAAACGAAUAACAUGAUGGAGGCUGAAAUUGCUCGAUUGAACAGUGCAUUAAUAGCUGAACAAGGGCAAAAACAAAUCGAAAUUCAGCGGAAUCACAUGUUACAGCAAGAAUUGAGAAAUGCUCAAAUACAGAGAGAUCAAGCGAAUAAGAAAUGUAACGAAGUGAUGUCGGAGAGACGGAUGAUGAUUGAAAUGAAGACUGAAAUGGCUAAUAGAAUCAAUGGAUUGGAGGUGUCUGGUCGAAUGCUUCGAGAGGAAGUGGCUAAUGCCAAUAAAGGAAUCGAAGCUAAAAACGAGGAGAUCCGUGCCAUAACCUAUCAAUCAGAAAUUGUUCGCCAACAAAUCAACGCUCUCAACGAGCGAAACGCAGCACUAAAAUCGAAAUGCGAGACGAUGGUCGCACAGAACCGACGGCAAUAUGAAGAGCUUGAAGGAAAACAGAAACUGGUUGAAACUGCACAACUGAACGUUCGAAAAGCGGAGACAGAUUUGCAGUGCGCUAAUCUCGAAAUACAACGUCUUCUCCGUGAACUUGAGAGCUCUCGACAAUUGGAAACAACAAGUAUCAGUGAAAAACAGUCAUUUGAGCAACUUUUGGCACGGAAGGAUGAUGAAAUUCGGGUGGCUGGAUACAAGGCAACAUCUGAGUUGAAAAAUGCGAAUGAGAAGAUAGAGAAGUUGGAGAAUCAGUUGAAGUCGGAGAACCCUGCAGCUUAUGAUGAUAUGACAGUGGAAGCCAUAUACAUCGCCAUUGAAACAAUCAAAUCGACAUACGAGAAGCAGUUAACACGUCUAGAAGAAGAAAUUGAAGAAUUGAAACAAGAGAAGACGAAACAAAUGGAAAUUGAUGUAGAAUCACAAGAAGGAAAUCAAAUGAUAGAGGAACUUCCCGCUUAUCUCCAGACUCCGAUGAAACCGGAUCCGGCGAAAAUGGGCGGAGUUAAGAGAACAAUCCAAUGCAAAAUCAAUCUUGAGUCGGGUACCCCUUCCCAACCGUCCACUUCAUCACCUGAUCGUCCUCCUCGCCCGGCUAGCGGACCGCCCGUGGAUUCUCCUGUGACGUGGCAUAAAAGAAAAACAUUCGAGCGACUUCCAAAUAUGAUUGUUCCACUUUUUGGAACUACUGGAAUCAGUGAGACUUCACAAGGAGAACCGUCUUCACAGCAAUUUUCGUUAGACGGCAUGCAAACUACCUCAACAUCAUCCAUUCCUUCAACUUCUGAAUCAUCUAAUCACCAGAAUUCUAGUCUCGAACCCAUGACGUCAUCAGAAGACGUUCCCCAAACAAUCAAUUUAGAUACUCAUCAUUUCAGUGAAGAAGACCUGUUGCUCACCGAGCCCAACGAUUUGAUAUCACCGUAUCAGAAUCUCAGCGAGCAACAGCUUCUUGACUUGGAAUGA